GUACACAUUUUCACACGUGUGUGGUUAUUUUUUAAGGUUUUAGGUUAAUAUUUAGCCUAUUAAGGACCAGAAUGGGGGAUGAUUUGGGAGAUGAAUGGUGGCUGGACCCUAGUGACACUUCUAAGAAUGACGAAAAUGACGACUUGGCUGGUAAAUCUGAUAUAAGCGGAGUGUCACAUACAAAGAGGAAAGCUGAAAGUGAAACCAAUGAAGGCGGCCAAAAAUCCAGUAAAAGGAAAAGAAGAACAAAGCAAAAAAUCAGUGAGUAUUUAUCGAAAAGCACCCCUAAACCUGCGACACCCAAGGAAGUGUUGACCAAGAUGGAUGGAUAUUUCAAGCAAAAGCUGUCUCCUCUUGAACUGGAAGAUCUCCAACUAGCAGAAUCUGACUUCCUUGAGCACAACGCCUCCUCCCUACCCCUAUCCUCUUACUUGGAGACUGCUGUACCACGCUGGGGCAGAGACCUCGAGGCCAAGAGGCCCAAAGAGGCCAAGACAUGUCUCCUUCUUGUCAUUAGUUCCUCGGCAAGGCGGGCCGUCGACGUCAACAGAGACGCCAACGACUUCAAAGGCAAACAGUGUGUCAGUGCAAAGCUCUUCUCAAAACACAUGAAGAUCCAGGAACAGACAAGUUUCCUUGCCAAGAACCGCACUCAGUUUGCAGUUGGAACGCCCAACAGAAUCGCUGCCCUCCUACAGCAAGAGGCCCUCAAUCUGAGCGGGACUCGCUACGUCGUCCUGGACUGGAACUGGAGGGACGUGAAAUUCCGAAGGAUGUGCGACAUACCAGAGUUGAGAGCCGAUCUAUUUGGACUCUUUGAGAAAUACAUCAUCCCUCAGGCAAAGAACGGACACAAAUUGAAGAUUGGAAUAUUUUGAAACCAUCCAGGAAGGUAAACAUGUAAAUCAUUUUAGUUUCCACCAAAAUCCUUCUCCAGGGUUUGAUUUUGAUGGAUUCAAUGCUGUACAGUCAAAUCUCCAGUGCUGCAACACAGGGCCUUGUAAACAAAUCCAGUCAAAUUUAAAAACAUUUCUAUAACUUGGGAGUUGCCAUCAACUGAAACUUUAGCCACCAGGAUGACUUGAAACUACUUUGUCAAAAGGAAUUGAUAAAGCACGUCUUGGAAUUUAUACAGCAUGUCUUGGAAUUGAUAAAGCACGUCUUGGAAAUUGGUACGCCAUGUCUUGGAACUGCUUUGUUUUGAUGAACCCAAGUGAUGUGUGGUCGUGCCGCACCCAGUCCAGAUUAUGGUAGACUACCCCUACUGGGGUACAUUCUCUAGGAGUUGACCAACAAAGGAUUACCACAGGCGUGAUACUUCACUAAGGCAAUGAAGGCGAUUGCUUCAAUGCCCCCUGGUCAUUGCCUCGUUGUUUGCCCUUGAAAUGCUCCAGUAUA